ACUCGCAAUUGGAAUCGCAUUCAAUGGCCAACCAAUUCAGAUUUAAUUAAGUGAAAGUUUUGACUCACGACAAACUCUUAUCGCUAUUUGCGAUUCGCAAAACAUGCGAUAGAAUGAUAAAUUCUUUCCCUCCAACUUGAACUGGAUAUAAAAAAAAUAUUUUAUCACAAAAAAUAUCAUUUGAAUUGCUCAUAGCAUGUAGAUAAAAAAUAUUUCUAGUUCCUCACUUGAUCAUGAAACAGUCGUUCAAACGAAACAUUCGUUCUUGUGUAAAAUUCAUUUUCAGCUUUCGUGAACACAGUAAAUUUGCUGAUUGGCAAUGAAUUUUCCAUUGUGACUUCACUGCAUUGAUAUUUAAAUAUUCUCAACGGGAAGGUUCAUAUAUAUUAUUUACCCAAUAAUAGCAUCUGUUUUCCAAAUAUCUGCAAUGUCGUUCAUAAUUUUCUCUUACAUUUUUGCGUUGCGCCAAAUUCCGUUAUUCCGAAGAAUCGGGAAAAAUACAGCCGCAAUUUAUAUACACAAAGGGGUUUCGCAUGCGAACAAUUAAAAAUAGAUCCAGAUGCGAUGCUGCACAUUGAGGCCAACACAAAACUGUCCAAAGUCCUUUCACUUUGUGUGUUUUGUCGUUUAAAAGAAUUAUCCUCUCUGCACAUUUAGACGAUCUAAACAUUUUCGGCGCAAAACGAGAAAGUCGUAUACUUUUCAGCCACGUGAUAAGUGUUUUUGUGUAAGAAAAACUUUAUAAAAUUCCGUAGCUGAGUUUAUCUUUCCGCACCACACGAGCACAUAAACGUUCGCAACACGCACUGACCCCUUGACGUCGUUUAGUUCAACGAUUUUUGUUGAGCAUCUUGAAUUUUUUACUUUUUUUUAUCUCGUCAAGUCCGAAGAACUCUUACUGUGUAUCCUCUUCACAUUCGACGCAAAUCCUGAACUAUUAAACUAAACUAUGCGCUAGCGGCAAAAUGUUCAUCUAAAAAUACGCGCUCGAACAAAAAAAAAGCAUUUUCAAAACAGUUCACGUACGAGAACAAUGUUGGAAAACGCACAAAGGCGUCGCGCCAAGUGCUUCAAGUGACACAAUAAAACAACUUAUGCCAGUAAUUGGAUAUUUACAAAUGUUCGGCGACUUUGUCAUACCAUAAAAUAUCAAGCGACCAACGGUAAUGAGACGCAAGAUGCGAAAGUGCCGCAAUCUGUGCAAGCAUUACAUGUACCCAUAAUUAUUUCAUACACAAGUUUGUGUUUGAAUAAACAUUUCCAUUUCUCAUUCGUAAACAGAAUUGAGGCGCACAUAUGUAGGGUAAUUUGAAUCGCAAGGAGAAUGCGGAGAAAAAAACCAUUGUUAAAUGCUUCAUUCAAAGCUCAUUCCCCUUCAAAUCAUAUAGUGACUUAAAGUCUGCAUUUUACGUGCACACACCGAACAUAAACAUCAUUGCAAACGUUGAAAAAGCAGUCUGUCCAAAGAGUAAUAUAAUAUUGACACUUGAAUGAACGAAAGAAAAAAGGAGACGCGUGCGCAUUGAGUGCCCUAUUGAUUUUUCUCUCCAGUUUCAUAUCAAUGCAACCCCUACCGCUGGCAAACAAGAGAGAGAGAGAGAGAGAGAGAGUGAGAGAGAGCACAAGAGAAACAAUCACCGACAAGAUUGCAAGCAAAAUUACCGUAUCGAAUCAUAACAUCAUCUAGCGAAGUGACAGUCAGUCGGAGUUCAGAUUCAUACAACUAACAUUGGUGUAAUAGCGUUCAAUGACAGACAAAAAUCACUUUUAGUUUGUGAUUUAUGCUCAUAAAUAUUGUUUGUACGUUGUGCUGUUGAAAAUCUGUUUUAAAGUACAAUCCAAAUUUUGUUAUCAAUAUUUAUUUGCUGGUUGCACUAUUCAAAAUGGAGAUAACAAAUCAGAUAAAGCUGAAACCCACGUCAUUUUAAAUUUUUGCAGCACAAGAAUUGGCAAAUUUGUGGCGCUUCUUGUGUUUGUGCAACUUUCGAUUUGUGGCAAUCAGUUUUGCGGUCGGAUUAACUGCUAAUGAGGCUGCUUCCACUUGACUCAUCGCCAUUGACUACGUCGCAUCCUUUGAGCGUGUGAUUUUCGUCAAUUUCAAUCGCAGAUUUCUACACCAUAAGCCAAUUUUCUCUUCUCAUUUCGGCCAGCGUAAUGGAUUUGACGAGCAUUUUUUUAUUUUGCUUGAUCUCAUUGGUCAUUGGAGCUGUUCUUAUGAUCCUCGUGCAAUACUACAUUUUCAUCAAAUAUUUUAAUCAGCCGGACGAUGACCCAAAUGCCCAGCAACGAAAUCGGUCACUGAACGAGAGAUACCAGUUGCCAGACGCAAUUUUGGGUAGUAUUCAUUCGCCCGAACUGGAAAAUCGUAAUCCAACCAUUGCAUUCAAUUUAAUAUUUCAAUUCCUGUUCUUUGAACUUCGAAAUGCGAAUCGAGUUCGUAAAUGGUUCCAUCGUAAAUUGUCACUCGAAUUGGACGAACUUAUUACUAAAACUACGACUGGCAAAUUGUUUGAAAAACUUUCCAUUCGUGACUUGGACUUGGGCGCACAAUUUCCGGAAAUCCGAAAUAUUAAAGUACUAAAUGCAGACUUGCACGACACCGAAGGCCAUCUGGAAAACGUUGAACUUUUACUCGAUUUAGACUAUCGCGGCAACUUCCAUUUGUCAAUUGACGCGGAUAUGGUGCUCGGCAAAAAGGGUUUUCUAUCCAUUAAAGUGAACCAUGUGUCUGGAUUGGCUCGGUUGCAUUUUACAAGGAAACCGUAUACACAUUGGUCGCUUUGUUUUAUGGGUGACCCUGUCAUUGAACUUGACAUCAAGACUGAGUUUCAAGGGCGUCUAAUGUCUCAAUCGAACGUGACUAGUUUAAUUUCCAAUCAAAUUCGAAAGGCCAUUCGUCGCAAGCACACAUUGCCUAAUUAUAAACUGCGAUACAAACCAUUCUUCAAUGCAACUCUGGACGACGAUAUUGAUCUAUCUGAAAUUCAAUUUGAUGGUACGCUAGAUGUAAAUGUGGCCGAACUAACAAGAAUAUCGCUGCCCUGUCACGUGAAUCAAGUAUAUUGCACAUUAAUCAUGGCAACCAUUCCAUUUGUGACCGCUUCACAAUACGACGAUCGAAAUGUUCUCUGCACAUUCGACAUUGAAAUUCAUAAGGCCAAGAAUCAGCAGAUCGGAAUCAUUUUCAAACAAAUCGAACAAACCGUUCUGAUUGAUGCAAUCAUUCCGAAUACACCGGCAAUGAAGGCACAACUGUGCAAAGGUGAUAUGCUCGUUUCAAUUGAAGGCAAAAAGAUAAACAAUAUCAAUCAAAUCACAAAAAUUGUGAAGAGUUUGAAUCGGCCGGUGUUUAUUCUGCGAAUCGAACGAAUCGUGGCCGGAGUAAUAAAAAGUGAUAUGAACUCAUUUGCGGUCGGUGAUACGGACGAAGAGUCGUACGAAGUGAUCAAUGAUAUUAACAUUAGCUUCUCUAAAACGGCAGACACAGUGCAAAUAUCGAAAAAUGUGCGCCAAAGCUCCAUUGAUAGAUUAUCAACAGACUCCAGUCGAUCUAAUACGCCCACCAAUUCACCGAUAAAGAGCAAAGAGGAUAUUGCGACUAAAUUGCGUUACAGGGGCAUCAAUCGUAGCAAUGCCGACACAAAAACAUCGGAUGACACCGUGAAGUGUUCGACUCCAAUUAAAGUAAAUCCAAAAGCGAAAAGUGACACUGUCGGCGAUAGGGACGGCAGUGAACCGGAAACAUCGGAAGGAAAUGAAAAUGAUUUCGAAAUGCAUUCGACAAUUGAGUGUGCAGUGAAUAGUUUCAUUAGCAUGAACGAUUUAUGUCAAUUCAAACUAAGCCAAAAAUCACAAUACCUAAAUUUAAAUGUUCUGGGACGGUGCAAUGAUGAAACCAUUCUACUUGGAUAUUUAAAUAUUCCCAUUCAAAAUGUUCUCUACGAAUGCAGCGAUUCAACGUUGGCCCAUUUCAUCAAACAAUACAAAUUAAACCCACCCGAAAUACCUGAUUUGAUGAGCCAUCCACUUUCAUCGCUGUCCGGGUUCGAUCCGAAUCUCUGUUUCGGCGAUGUUUUGAUAUCGUUCUCUUGGACUGGUGCCGCGAAUACUGAUUCAAUUAAGAAAACCAAACCCAUGAAAUUAUCCUCAAGUGCCGAAAAACUGACGACGGAGGAAAAAGUUGAUGCGAGUGUUUCACGUCAGCAUAAUUUUGAGCGAAAGCAUUUCCAAUCCACAACGCAGUGUGAUUUUUGUGGCCGUAAAAUUUGGCUGAAAGACGGUGUUCAGUGUCGUGAUUGCCUAAUGAAUUGCCACAAAAAGUGCAUAACGAAGUGUCAGCAAUCAACAAUCUGCGGCCCAGUCGAUGCAUCGGCUGCAUUGCAGCAAAGCUCUUUGCACGCCUCAUCGGUGGAGUUCAAAGUGACCGAUGCGGAUGGCGAAGGUGAAAUCGAUGAUUUUGAAGAGAUCGAAGAGCCAAAGCUAAAGUUAGACCAGCAUCGGCAAAGCUUCAGCGAAAUGAUAUCACAAGGAAUCAAACGUGUGAAUUCAGCCAACAAUUUAGCAAUACCAGCGAUUGUAUCGUCUCUGAAUCAAGGUACACGCAGUUUACCGCCAAGCCCACAGCACACUCCACGAAAACAAUCUCUUGUUAAUCAAAGCACAAAUCCUUUUGUGGUCGUCAUACAGAAAUUGGACCAACUACCGAACCACAUAAACGAUAUAACACGUGAACAAAUCGUUUCGCUAACUGAACCGCUGAUCGGCGGUUGGGGCGGUCCAGAUGAAAUGAUGGCCUUGGCCAAAACGGCAAGCCGAACAUUGUUCGUUGAAUUGGAACCGAACGAACGUGUUCAAGUGAUAAACAAUCUCUUAUCGAAACUAAAAUUAGCAUUGGACAGUGAAACGAAAGCGCACGCUAAUUUAGUGUCGUGUGAAGCGACCGCUUUGAUAUCUGAUAACAAAAAUGUUGGAGCUGGCAAUGCAAGUAGCACACUAACCACCGAUUACCGCAGCAGACGUAGCAGCAGUGCUGAAUCGACACCUAGGAAAAUGAAAGAAAGUGAACAUGAAUUGGCUGGUAAAGCGUUUUUGGUUGGACAAUCCGAAGAGCGUGUACAAGCAUUGAGUGUGAUUAUGCUGCAUCUUUGCACUGGUUUGCAAUAUGCCCAAGGUGUUGCCAAUCAAUAACAUUCCAGCGAAUUGCAAUAAUUUUAUAGAAAUGUGUUGUGAUGUUUUACAUAUAUGCGCCAGUUAUUAUGCCGCAAGAGAUAAUAAGAUUUUGUGGCAAAGCCCAUCAAAACGAUCAAUUUUAAAGAGGAAGAGAGAGAGAGAGGUAUCGAUAUAUUCGGUAGAUUUUGUAGGUGCUUGUAGAGAUAAUAAUAAAAUGGCUCUAAAUAUAUAAAUGAAUGUUAUUCAUUCGGUUUUGGGAUUCGAUUUUUUUUUCUAUAUGAAAUACACAUUAUUCAAUCCAGUAUUAUAUCUAUCGAAAUUGAAACGUAAUUAGGAAAUGGAAUUAGAUGAAAGUGCUUCGUAAAUGGCGAAAAGUAAAGGUCUAAAUAAUAGAAUAUAUAUAUAUAAAUUAGCAGGCUGCUAAUAGCAACUAUUCAAUUUGGUUGAUGUGAUUGUAAAGACGCACCUUUGGGUUUUUUUAAAGUAUGUUUUUAUUGUUUUCAUUCUCAAACGAGUUUAAAUACGAGGUUUAUAUUUUAUUGUACAAGUACAACGCACGUUUUGCACAUUAUUUUUUAUUUUAUUUGUGAAAAAAAAGAAGAUAACAUUUAAUAAAACUUCCAAUUUAUGAAAUUUCACUCCAAAAA